AUGAAGCCAUUCCCAGGCAUUCGCCGAGUGCCCAGAACGUCAGCUAGGAGCUAUGGCACAAUCUCCGAUGCCAGAGGAGCGGGGCCCGAAUUCCUCUCAAAGAAGUCAAUAAGGGAGAAAGAGGCCAAGGCAGCGAAAAGGGCGCCGCCACUAUCGAGAAAAGAGGCAAAAGCACAAGAGAUACAAGAUGCGCCAAAGCGCAAGGCAGAGGAAAGGCAGGCGCAAUUCACCAGGAGGAUUCAGGAGGUCUUGGGCCACGACGGAAUCGCAAAAGAUGUACGAAUCGACAAGGAGAACAAGAAGGUCAGGACGUCGGCGGGCGACCUGCCCAUCUCGCCCGUCAUGGACCCGGGGUGGAUGGAUGUGCGUACGAGGUACCGGAUGCCGAAGCCCAGACCGAAAUCCAAGAGGCCACCUUCAUUAUCUUCGUCAGGGGAGGCACCGGCAAAACACAAGUACAAGAUUAGAAUGGGCUGGGACGAGAGGACGCAGAGCAAAUCAAAGUUCAUUGUCAAGAAUAAGUUGCCCAACGGGGGCAGGUUCCGCGUCAAAUUGGAACAGAACCCGUACGUACAUGCUCUCGCCUCGCCUAUCCGAUUCUGCCCCGUCACGGGGACGUCUCUGCCGAAAUACUUUCUUCAAAACUUCAAGGCCGUUACGAACCCGGACACCAAGGGGCACUGGUUCAUACCGGGCGACGUUGAAGUAUCGUGGACACAUAAAGAGGCCAUGGAAGAGGAGCUCAGACAGCUUGAUAAUCUGGGGAAUAGGUCAGAAGAGCUUGAUGAUGUGGAAAACGCGCCUAUGAAACCGGAGGGAGAUGGAUCUAAAGAGCUCGACGGUGUCAAGGACGAACCCGGGAAACCUUUCAAAGAGGAGGGCGAGCUCGAGAAGUCUGACGGUGCGGAGGACGAGUUCAACAAAAGUGUCAAAGAGACGACCGGGUCCACGAAACCCGAAGAAAAAAUAGUCGAACCCAAAAAGCAAAACGAAAAUAAGCCUCACAAUCACAAUUCCGACACAGCAGCAGACGACUUUGAGAAGCAUUUCGAAAACGUACUCGGAUCCGAGAAGAACGGCAAAAAGGAGAAGAGCCACCGUGUCACAGCCGCAUCAAAUCGGACGACCCCCCCAAAAGAACUCCCCGAGGACCCCCUCGCAAAACAAAAAGAAACAGACCAGCUCCUCAUCAAAUCCCCCUCCGCCUACGUCGUCUCCCGGAAACCCAUCAUCGACUCCAUGGCAGGCAAGCGCGGCAAGACGCCCUUUGGCGACGGGUGGAGGAUGCUCCUCGGCAGGAACCAAAAAGUCAUGAACUCGGAUAUCCCCAAACGCCUCGUCUGGCGCGAGGACAUGGGCGAUUUCGUCCUCGAGAACCUGCGCAAGAAUAUCAUGAAGUAUAUCGACUACUACGUCGAGACGGACGAAGGGCACAGGUUGUCCAUCCAGCCUCUCGAGACCUGGGAAGAUGUCCACGACGCGGAGAAGCGGAGCUGUCUGCUGUGGUAUGACGAUGCCAACAUCACCGCGGGGGAGAGUCGGUGGGAUGAGUGGAUGAAGGAGGGGAAAGUGAAGCCGUUUGCGACCUACGACGUCCCGGACGCAAAGUACGAAAAGAGUCUGCCCAUCUACGAUAUCGGACGGCUCAUGGGGCCAAAAUACCUCGCGAAGCUGCGGGCGAUACCCAUGUUCCGCGAACACUCGCUCUUCGUCGUCAGGAGGAAGCGGUCGAUCCCGCUGCACCUCUACCUGUGGAAGCUGCAGGCGUACAUGGCCGAGUAUCCCUCUGCAGAAAAGAUCGCCGAGCAAUCUGCGGAGAAGCGAAUGCUCGAUAAGAAGAGGAGGGAGGAGGAGCGCCAGGAGGAGCGCCAGGAGGAGCUCGUUCAGGAGCAAUACAGGCUGGAAGAAGAAGCGAGGGAGGAAUAUAUACGGGCCAAGGCCGAGCGGGCGAGGAUCAUCCAGGAGAGAAUCGAGCGGGAGAUGCGCGGGUUCGAUGAGCGCAAGGAUAUGACGCCAGAGGUUGCGGCAGAGCGCGGAGUCAGAUUUGAGGCCGGCAGCACAGCUAUAUCGAGGGGUACAGCCGCCGCGCCCAUGACCUCAGCCGACCUCGCCGCCCAGCUCACGGCGACACCUCGAGCCGCGUCUUCACCCAGUGCUUGGAGCAGCGCCGCCAUUAAACCCGUACCUACCAUCAAAGGCGACAGGAAGGCUGAAGUCCCUCAGCGGCCCACGCCCAAAACCAGAGCGGAAUCUACGGCGAAGCGCUCGGCCAAAGCUCCUACGGCCGCUCCCAUGACCGCGGCUGACUUCACUGCCCAGCUCAUGGCGACACCUGAAGUCGGUUCCAGAUCUGACUCUUGGGCCAGUUCCGCCGUCAAGUCGGUAGCCCCCGCCAAGGCCAUCAACAAGGCCGGUUUGACUUCACAUCCCUCGACCAAAGUUGAUGGUGAAUCUACACCUCAGCGUGCCGGUACCACAGCCGAGACUACAGCCAAGGCCGAUGUCAAAGGAACAUCGGAACCUAAAGCAGGAGCUACGAAGCCAAAGGUGAAGCCAGUCAAGCCACGCUGGUAG